UCUGGCGGAGCUGCCGGAGCCGAGGCUCGUCGUCCGUCGUUGCCACCGUCGUCAUUCGUGUUGCAGCAGUGACAAAGUGUGCACGCUCCGUCUCCCGUCAGUCAGUGUCGCGCAGCACUGUGCCGGCGAGUAGUGGGUGUGUGAGGAUCUCGUACGUCGUUUCCCUCAGGGAGAGGAAAAGAAGAGCGUUCAAGCUUCAGUCGGUCGCAAGCAGCAGCAAUCAUGGGCAGAUAUGCAUGGGUCACGCUGGCUACAAACGAUGCCUACUCUCUGGGAGCUAUGGUCCUGGCGCACUCUCUACGCCGGGUCGACACCAAGCACGAGCUGGUCUGCAUGGUCACCCCCGGAGUGACGGCGACGAUGAGGGAAAAAUUGGCCGCAGUAUUUUCCUUGGUACAGGAAGUCAACGUUCUCGACUCGAAGGACGAGGCGAAUCUGGCUCUACUCGCUCGACCCGAACUGGGCAUCACUUUUACCAAGCUGCACUGCUGGAGACUAACUCAGUACGAGAAAUGCGUGUUCGUUGACGCCGACGCGCUUGUUGUGCGAAAUUGCGACGAGUUGUUUGAACGCGAAGAACUAUCAGCCGCGCCCGACGUCGGCUGGCCCGAUUGCUUCAACUCCGGUGUAUUCGUCUUCAGACCGUCCCAACAGACGUUCGCGUCGAUCGUCUCGUUCGCCGCAGCCAAGGGCUCCUUUGACGGUGGCGAUCAAGGCUUGCUGAACAUGUACUUCAGCGAUUGGGCCAGCAAGGACAUCUCCAAGCAUCUGCCGUUCAUCUACAACAUGUGUUCUACUGCGACGUACUCCUAUCUUCCCGCAUUCAAGCAAUUUGGCGAGGACGUCAGGAUAAUACACUUCAUCGGUAUAACGAAACCGUGGUUGCAGUACUUCGACACCCUGACCGGCACGGUUCAACCACCAGCUGGUUCCGGACAUUUGCAACCGCUAUUGCAACUCUGGUGGAAUAUAUUCUGCGAGCGAGUGCACUCUCAGCUGUCCAGCUCUAUGGCGGGUAUUGCCGGUGCUUUGGCUCAGUUGACUCUCGGCGUGGCCAGAAGCGAGCAACAGAUAGCCCUAGAGGAACAGAUGAGGAAACAGAGCUGGGAACAGGGACACAUCGACUAUAUGGGUCAGGAUAGCUUCGAUAACAUAUGGAAGAAGAUCUGCGAGACGCUUUCCCAGGCACAGCAACGGCAACCGACUCCACCUAAGGAGGAUAAACCUAAAGCUGAAGUUGCUCCCGCUGCUGUUGCAGAAGUCGUCGAGCAAAAAACAGCGACUGUUGAAACGGACAAGGACUCGACGCAAUCUCUAGUAUGUAAACCACCCGAGGAGAAGCUUCCGACGCCGGCUGUCCCCGCCGAGGCUGCGCAGCCCUCUGAACAGAAAACAUCCGUCGCAGAGAGCGUCACGGCGGAGGUCGUCGCGACGAAAAUACCCAGUGAACCGACGCAACCCGCGACGGAGGUCUGCAUGAAACCGCCUACGCAGGAGCCACAGGACGCUGCGAAGCCGUGCGAAACGAGUGUUGAAGUGAAACCGCCCGUGGAACCAUCACCGUCCAUCACAGAAGCGAGCGCGGAGCAGUGCAAACUCACGAGCCCGAUGACGCAGGCACCCGCACCCCAGAGCGGAAGCACCCCAUCGCCGGCGGAGAGCGCGCCACCAGCUGAACCGCCCCUCUUGGCGGGCGCGAUCUGCAUACCGCCUGUCACUGACAAACCGCAGAUCCCAGUUCCUGCUGUUCCGGACGCAACGCAGCCGACGGCUACUCCCCCGGUUUCCGCUGCGGUACCGAGCGAAGCACUGGCUCAAGACACCUCGAAGCUCCCAACUGAAGGUGCAACCGACGUGACGCAGCCGUUGACGAUCGAUCCGAGCGAACGGCACGCGGAUGUGCUGCUGGCAGCUUCCGAGAUCUCGACCGUGAGCCCGGUGCCCAUCCAAGUGGCGGAGUCGGUCCUUCAGGCGGAGCCGAAGGAGUCCGUGUCGGGCGCGGCGGCGCCCGUGAGCGACCAAGCGAUCGCCACGACGGUCACGGCCGUCACGGACGUCGCCCCCGCGACUGAGCGGAAGGAACAGGCCGUCCAAUUGAACGGGUCGGCGAGCGACUCUGAGAAACGCGUGGAUAUCGCGGUCGCGGCGCCUGCUCCGCCGGAGAAAACCGCCGCUGAACCGACGAAGGAACCGGCGCCCGCCACGGACAAAGAUGCGCCGCCGGAGAAGAUAGAGCCCGUUAGCAGCGCGGUGCCUGCAGGAGUGCUGGCCGAGAAAGCGGAGGAAGCAGCGAAACCCGUGGAACAGGCGGCAACAGGGAUGCCGGAAGCGGUCGCGACGCCGGAAGCGAAGGAAGCGAAAGUUGCAGAGCAGCAAGUAGCGAAAACAGAAGCAGCGGAAGCGAAGCCUGCGGAGCAGAGUGCGAAAAUCGAAGCGGCGGGAGCGGCGGAGAAAGCCGCAGCUCCUCCGGAGCAGCUUGCGAAAACCGAAACCCCGGAAGCGAAGCCAGAAGCGAAGCCAGAAGCGAAGCCAGAAACGAAGCCAGAAGCGAAGCCAGAAGCGAAGCCAGAAGCGAAGCUAGAAGCGAAACCAGAGGCGAAACCGGAAGCGAAGCCGGAGGUAGCUGCGAAGGCCGAGGAAACGGAGGUGAAACCCACGGAGUCCGCUAAGCAAGCGACGCAAGCUGAGGCGGCGGUCACCAAGCCGCCGGGCCAGGUUCCGGAGUUACCGGUCGCCGAGAAACCCCAGGAACCACCAGCGGAGUCCACCAUGGCGAAGGCAUUGAGCAUCCCCUCGACGCCCACGGUGAUCGAGGCUACGCCGCCGACCAGUCCGUCUGUGGAGAGCGCGCAGGAAACGGCGGAGGGCCAGGAGAAAGUGGCGAAGAAGAGCCUGAAGAAAUCCGACUCCGCCGACGGCACGGACGGCGAGGGCGGCGACAAGAAGACGGCGAAGAAGACGGUGAAGAAGGUUACGAAGAAGACGAAGAAGCCUGAGGAGGCUGCUGCUACCACCGCCGCCCCACCGACUCCGGAGACGGCCGUUGCCCCCGCCCCUGUCGCAGCCGCCCCCGCCGCCACCGGAGACAAUUCGCAGAGCAAGGUGAAGAAGACGGUGAAGGUCACGAAGAAGACCACCAAGAGCGGGCAGGGCCUCGAGACCGACACGACGGUUCCGGAGACGCCACCACCGCCGACCAGCCCUUCCGCCACCGCCGCCAUGGGCCCCGACAUGCCCGUUCCGCCGAAGCGGAAGACGAAGACCAGCAGCAGCAUGGGCGCGAAAGGCAAGAAGCCCGAGGCGGAAGAGUGAUCGGUCGACGGUCCGAGCCGACGAGAAUGGUCUCGGCUGACGCGGAGGAGAUCGCAGGACGUCCGGGGGAAUCCCCUGGCCGUUCGUCGCGUUGGAACGGGAUCAUGGCUGAGUCCUACGACAGAGAAGCCGUUAACCCUUCCGAGACCUUUCGAGAGCUCGCUUCCGUAAAACUGGCGUGUGGCGAGCUGCACGUAAAAUGCCAUACGCGCCUGGAGCGAAAUUAGUUGUUUAUUAAUAUACAUUCUGAACACACAUACACACACGCAUGUACACCGUAGCACGGUGUAAUAUCGAUUUACACCACUUCGCCAUACAACGAUACCGUGAUGAGCCUCCGAUCAAUUCCGGAACACGGCGACAACGAACACCGUCUCGAAAGGGUUAAAGGUACAACGCUAAAAAAGAGAUUACACUUGCUAGUCUGUUACAGUUUUUUGAUACUUUUAAUAUAUCGCAAGAGUUUCUAUAUUGCCGUUGAGAGCUUGAUGUCGCGCUCGCCGGAAGUAUCGAGCGAUACCGGAGUUUAUAAUCGACAGCACAAUUUGUAAUCCGUAUUUAUACGAGUCGCGUUAUUGUUCGCCCCCCCCCCCCUCUACACUCCUUUUUCAAUUGAUUAUAUUCGCAGCCCCUCCCGCAAGCUAAGCCAAGAGUAGCACUCGCUUCUUCCGUAGUUAUCCGUUCCUUUUUAAGUAUCGUAUUUCUGUAAUUAAUGUCGUUUUCGCGAGCCACUCAAGCGGGAUCCGCGAGCCUCCUCGGACGAUACGUACUGGCGACCGCUUGAGCAGCUCAACUUCAGCCGACAUUUUACCGCCAUUAUCCUCUCCAGCGAGUAUUUUAUACUUUUGUUUACUUGCUUUGAUAUGCAAUGGAUGCAAUGAUGAUGCAAUAAUGGAGUGUGUCGCAGAACAGAGAAGAGAGGAAAUUAACUCUGUGAUCUCGAGAUCGGUUUGUAACGUUCUAUCGAUUGUUACACGGAUUCGUGUCGCGAUGAAGCUGUCAUCACAUCGCACUGAGCGUAGAUCAUUCUUGCUCGAAGCUGUAAUCACGUUUGUGGAAAGAUCAUCGUGGAGUUAAUAAUUUGUUGAGAUAUAUAUAUAUAUAUAUCUCAACAAAUAUAUAUAUAUAUACAACAUAUAUAUAUAUAUAUAUAUAUA